AUGAAGAACAAGCUCAACGAGAACAAGCCAGGUGAACGUCCCGAUACAAUCUACCUUGCCAAAGUGCCCAUCAAGUGGUUUUCUGAGAAGGGUUCCGAACUUCCAAGUGAAGACAUUUUGAAAACUGCGAUGGAAUCUUUUGGAAAAGUACGACGAGUGGACAUUCCUGCUUGCGAUCCGCUAAGAAAACAAAUGAAUCCUGAGAUCAGCGGUAUCAAGACUAAAGGAUUCGCAUUUGGACCGGAGCUGUUUUUUGAAGCUUAUGUCCAAUAUGUCGACUACGCUGGUUUUUCCGAAGCCAUGGAUGCUUUCCGUAAUAUGAAGUGGACCAAAAGGAUCGAUGGAAAGGUCUUUCAUGCCAAUGUGAAGGUGGACUUCGAUCGUACAAGGCAUUUAAGUGAUGCGAACAUUAAGCGAAGGGAGGCCGAACGUGAACGAAUUGAUGCCGAAAAACGGCGUUAUGAAGCUGAGCGACUGAGGAAAGAAGCCGAAAGACUGAAGCGGGAGGAAGAAGAACGUUUGGCCAAAGAGGCUGCUGAGGCUCUACGUCGAGCGGUCGAGGACAGAGCUGCAGAGUCCAAAAGAUUUCUUGAGCUCAUGUUUGAGCACAUCCAGCGAAAAGAAGAUCGCCGCGUGGAAGUACAGGAAGCUCGCUUGAGGGCAGAACGGCGUGCAGCUGAACUGUUGGAUAUUCCGACCUCGGAUAAAGAACAACAUCUUCGUUUGAUGUUGUUACAUCAAAGAGAGAUCCGAAUGAGGGAAAAGUUGAAGGAGAAGAUUCGACAAUCGCACGAUCAGAACGAUGUGCAACAGAGCUCAUCUAAAGAUCUCAAGCCGUGUGGUAGCUCUGAAAGUCGAAUGGAUAAAGCCAAGACUCCAAGAGAAUCGGAGGCGAAGCAACAUCAGACGCGCAAAAGAAGUUCGUCAGAAUCCAGUGGUCAGUCCCACGUCAGCAUGAAGAAACAUCGGCAUAGGCGCAAGCAUAAGUCUAAAAGCGAUCAUGUUGAAGAAAGUGAUGCGGAGUCGAGGCGACGUAAGCGCAAAUCUAAAGAUCUCAAGCCGUGUGGUAGCUCUGAAAGUCGAAUGGAUAAAGCCAAGACUCCAAGAGAAUCGGAGGCGAAGCAACAUCAGACGCGCAAAAGAAGUUCGUCAGAAUCCAGUGGUCAGUCCCACGUCAGCAUGAAGAAACAUCGGCAUAGGCGCAAGCAUAAGUCUAAAAGCGAUCAUGUUGAAGAAAGUGAUGCGGAGUCGAGGCGACGUAAGCGCAAAUCUAAAGGUAAUCACGGGACAUCCUCAGAAGCAGAGGGUAAAAGUAGGUCUCGUCACCAUCGUCGGAGGAGGAGUUCUACCGAUUCCUUGUCCGAUGACCGUGAUUCACAUCGAUCUCACCGUCGACAUAGGCAUAAUGAACAUAAAAAGAGUAAGAAAAGGAAGCGUAGUAAGUAA